AUGUCUUCUCCGCUCACCUAUCCUGCUCUUCGUUGCGUUCUUGAGUUUCUGGAUCCUGCUAGACGAAUUCAUAUCAGCGCCCGCAAUUCAGCUCUCCAACGAAUCAAUGCUUCAAUUCCUCAUCGCAUGGAUAGGAUUGUGAUAGGAGAAUUCUGUGUAUAUCUGAAUGAAAUUAAGAUAUUUAACACACGGAAUAACGUAAUUGUGUUCGAAAAAGUGUGGAAUCACGAGAAGAUUGAAAAACUGGUGUCAUUGGAUCAAAAUGCUGAAAUAAUGAGAAAAUUGUACAACUAUUAUUUUGGAGGGAGGAAAAAUACAAUACUCGCCGACAAUGCCUUCUUUACCCAACAGUCUACUGAUAUAUUCUUUCCACCCAAUCUCAGCUUAACCAUCAAUAAGCUGAGUAUUCACUGGUGUGAUUUUCGAAAAAUCCUACCUUACAUAAACCCAAUAAGCUUUCCAUUGAAAUCCUUUGGAAUAUUAGAUGACAAACCUGUUUUCCUUGACCAUCCAGUCGUGCAAUCCGCUGAGACUGUCAAAAUCAAACUGGUAAGCGAUAGUAGAACUACAAAGUUACCAGAUGCCCAUCUUCUUCGGAACAAGAAUAUAUCAGUUGAUUAUUCCGAUUGUAAGAUUCGUGACAUUAUAAGAAUGAUUAAACACUGGAUGACUUAUGGAAAAGAGAUUGGGACAAAAUUCACACUCACUUACAGAGGGUUGAGUAAUCAUAUUGUAUCUGGUUUGCUCAUCGAAUUGGAAAAGUUUCUCUGUAAUUCGGAAGGAGUUGAUAAGCAAAUGUUUCUUCAUAAGCCCCGAUUUGCCAUAAAAUUGAACUCCUGGUCCAAGAUCUUUGUUUAUGAAAUUGAUGUUAAAAGAAACUACGGAUAUGCUGAGUCACAACUAGCUUUAACAGUAGUUGAGAAUUGA